UUUCUAAACAUGCUUAUGCUCCUGGAGAGAGAGAGAGAGAGAGAGAGAGAGAGAAAGAGAGGAGAAGAAGAAGAAGAAGAAGAAGAAGAAGAACAGGAAGAGAGAGAGAGAGAGAGAGAGAGAGUGAUGUGGCCGGCAGUUGACCAGAGAGAAGGAAGAGAGGUGCAAAUAUCUUAAAUGGGUCCCGGGAAAAUAUUGAAAUUAUAAAAUAAUAACAAAUACUUAAUUUGUUAUAGUAUAUUCAUUUCCCCCAUACCAUACUCGGAGUACGAAAUCUUUCUCUGUGUUCACACCGUUGAAAAGAAAGAGCAUCAGAGUGUUAGAUUUCAUAAUUUAUUGCAAACCCAAAAUUUUUUUUAAAAAAAAAAAAAUGCUUUGAGUUCGAGAACUGUUUGAAUGCUAGUAUUGAACUACAAGCUACAUUUUGGGAAAAAAACAGGUACAUAUGGAGAAAAAGUUAGAAUCAAAUGGUGUUGGAGCUUUGGAUUCUUAGCUAGCAAGAUAGAAAAAAAAAAAAGCAACUUUUUUAUUUUUCUUUGGAUGUUUUAGAGAGAUAUAUGCAAAGUUGGACUUGAUGUUUUGUGGGCUCGGUCAAUUCUUUAUGAGGAUCAAAAGAAGAAUCUGGAUGAUCCGGAAUGAGAACUAAGAAUUGGAUGAACAAGAAGGUAUUUGGAAUUAGAGGAAGAUUUAGCAAGAUGAUGAAGUGUAUACGUUCAGGUGAACAACUAAAAGCAGAUGAAAUAGCUCAUUCUUCGGACUCACUCGCAACUCGGGACUACUCAGCGAGUGGGUAUUCAUCUAGAGCAGGUGAGGUUGAAGUAAAAAUGGAUAAUAGCAAUAUUGAAGAAGCUGAGUCUUCUCUUCGUGAAAGUGGUUAUCUCAACUAUGAGGAAGCAAGAGCUUUACUAGGAAGGCUUGAGUAUCAGAAAGGUAACAUAGAAGCUGCUCUUCAUGUAUUUGAAGGAAUAGACAUUGCAGCUGUGACUCCAAAGAUGAAACUGUCCGUUUCUAGAAAAUGCGAAAAUAAUAAUAGACGCCGUUCGCAAAGUGAUGCUGUUCCGCCUAUGUCCAUGCAUGCUGUUAGUUUACUCCUUGAAGCUAUUUUUCUCAAAGCAAAAUCAUUGCAAGGUCUUGGACGGUAUGGAGAAGCUGCUCAAUCAUGUAAAGUUAUUUUGGACACUGUUGAAUCUGCAUUACCUGAUGGGUUGCCUGAAAGCUUUGCUUCGGAUUGUAAAUUACAAGAGACUCUAACCAAAGCAGUUGAGUUGCUUCCAGAGCUGUGGAAACUUUCUGGUUCCUUGAAUGAAGCCGUCUUAUCAUAUCGACGAGCCCUCCUCUAUCAUUGGAAUCUUGACACUGAAGCUGCUACAAAGAUUCAAAAGGAAUUUGCAGUUUUUCUUCUGUACAGUGGUUGUGAUGCAAGCCCUCCAAAUCUUCGUUCACAGUUGGAUGGCUCUUUUGUGCCAAGAAACAAUUUAGAAGAGGCAAUCCUGCUGCUUCUGGUUAUACUUAGAAAAUUUGUUAGGGGAAAAAUUCCAUGGGACCCAUCAAUUAUCGAUCACCUGUCUUAUGCAUUAUCUAUUUCGGGUGAACUAAUGGCAUUAGCUCAUCAGGUUGAAGAGUUGCCUCCAGGAACUAUUGAAAGAAAAGAAAGAUUUUGUACUCCAGCUUUGUGUUAUUAUGGAGAAGGUAACCAUUUGGUUGCUUUGAAUCUUCUGAGAAACAUAUUGAAUAAUCAUCAACAGAGUACAGACUGCAUCCCGGAACUAUUACUGGCUUCUAAGAUUUGCAGCGAGAAUUUAGUUUAUAUUGAUGAAGGAAUUGAUCAUGCUUGCAAAGCACUUUCAAAAAUGGAUGGAAAAUGUAGUCAGAUGGUAAGCAUUUCAAAUUGCUUACUUGGUACUCUACUGUCAGCUAAGUCCAGAUCAUCUGCUUCUGAUUCUGAGAGGGUUCGGAAGCAAUCUGAAGCACUUCAGGCAUUAGAAAUUGCUGAAAGAACAAUGGAGGAGAGAAAUCCAUACAUUGUGUUUCAUCUGUGUCUUGAACAUGCCGAGCAAAGGAAAUUGGAUAUUGCACUUAAUUAUGCAAACCAGCUUUUACAAAUUGAGGCUGGAUCCAGUGUAAAAGGGUACACUCUUUUGGCACGUAUAUUGUCAGCUCAAAAACGUUUUGUUGAUGCUGAGACCGUAAUUAAUGCUGCUUUAGAUCAAACUGGAAAAUGGGAUCAAGGAGAGCUAUUGAGAACCAAAGCAAAACUCCAGAUUGCGCAGGGCCAGAUAAAGAAAGCCAUAGAAACAUACACUCAUCUUCUUGCAGUUCUCCAAGUUCGGAAUAAAAGUAAAAGUGCAGGUGUCGAGAAGAGACUUCUAAAGAAUACCAGAAACCAUGACAGAAGUUUGGAAAUGGAAACAUGGCAUGAUUUAGCUAGUUUAUACACAAGAUUGUCCCAAUGGCGGGAUGCUGAAGUUUGUCUUUCAAAAUCCCAGGCUAUCAAUCCUCACUCUGCUUCUAGAUGGCACUGCGCAGGAUUGCUCUAUGAAGCCAAGGGUCUCCAUCAAGAAGCUCUAAAAUCAUUCAGAAAGGCAUUAGAUGUUGAACCUACCCAUGUACCAAGCUUGGUAUCCACUGGCUGCAUUCUCAGACAGCUUGGUGGUCAAUCAUUGCCAGUUGUGAGAAGCUUUCUCAUGGAUGCACUUCGAAUUGACCGGACAAAUUCUUGUGCUUGGUACAAUCUUGGACUUAUUUAUAAAGCUGAUGAAGGGGCUUCAGCGCUGGAAGCUAUUGAAUGCUUUGAGGCUGCAGCUCUUCUUGAAGAAUCUGAACCCAUUGAACCUUUCAGAUGAUUAACUCUUACCUGCAUACUUUUUGUAAAACCCUCUUGUAUGAUAGUUUAUAAGGUGUUUUUUUGUCAGUGUAUACUCUUUCAGCGUUUAUAUAGUUUUGUGACACAAAAAAGGGAAGAAAGAGAAUAGCAAAAUGUCUUUUUUUUUUUUUUUGGGCUACUUGAAAAUGUAUUCAGUUUUUCUACUCUUUUUAACUUUGUUUCUAUACUUGUUCAGCUUUUAAUGAUGUAUAGUAUUCAGAAUUUUAUUAGUUUCAUGAUA